AACAGCAGAAGUAGGAACAAUAGGUGUAGUGGUAGUGCUUGUUUCUCAACUGAGCACAGAUAUGGAGCACGGAGCAACUACACCACUAGUACAGUGCUGUCCUUGAAAUUGCCAGUGAACUGACAACAGCCAUUUCAUACCCGGUGCACUGUGCACCCUGGACAUUCCGAGCUUCUUGAACUCAUCGAACUGUAUCAUUUCUUCUUUUCUUGCGCCCUUCAUCCCUUGGAUGAGGUACUCCUGUCAACAUGCGUCCCGUUGUUCCAGCCCGCAAUGAAUCUUCUUACUUACUAAACCAGAUAAUUAUUUCGCCAUCCGACACCGACUACCUUGAUCAGCUAAUUCCCUCAAUUCGAGAAUACAGUUAUGGAAACCGAACGUCGCAACUCUUACAGUCUCUAUCUAAAUUCGCUAGUGACAAGGAAUCAGAGAUAGAGGGUAUUUGCAACAGUAAUCACCAGGAGUUCGUAACAUCUGUGAACCAGCUUCUUCGCAUUAGAGAGGGCACCGUUAGCCUGACGGCUGAGAUACUAGACCUCAAUCAGUCUAUUCAAGCAAGCACGGAAAGAUUGGCCGAUCAGAAGAAGUCCUUAGUCGAAUCACGAAGUCACCGGCAGAAUAUCGAUGAAACAUUCCGUGCUAUUCAAGACUGUUUGGAGGUGUUACGCUUGGCAAAUCAAGUUCACGAUCUGUUGGCAAAAAAGAAUCACUAUGCAGCCCUACGCGCGCUCGAUGAGCUCCAAAAUGUCCAUCUCAAGGGGGUGACUCAGUACAAGAUUGCGGAGAUGAUCCAGCGAUCAGUUCCUUCGACGCAGAGAGCUAUAGCCGAGGCAGUCAUGUCCGACUUGAACACCUGGCUGUAUAGGAUUCGUGAGAUGUCACAAUAUCUCGGGGAAAUAGCUCUGUAUCACACAGAUCUGAGGAAGACAAGGCGGAAAGAAAGAGCGGAAAAGAUACCAUAUCUGGGACACUUCAAGCUAAAUUCUGCAAUCGAAUUGGUCUCAGACGAACAUGAAGAAUAUGACCUAUUGCAAAAUGAUGAGCUCCAAGUUGAUUUCACUCCGCUAUUCGAAUGUUUACUUAUCCAUCAGUCCUUGGGCCAUAUGGACAAAUUUAGAAUUGAAUAUGCGAACACGCGACGACGUCAGAAGGAGCUCUUAAUCCCUGCCUCCAUAACUUUGGUUGACGAUGAUGGUGCUAGCCUCCACAAUCUGCUCGAGGAAAUGGCAGGCUUUGCUAUCGUGGAACGAUCCACAAUGAAAAGGGUUCCUGAGUUAAGGUCUUCCGUUGAUGUCGAUGAACUCUGGGAUUCGAUGUGCCAGGCCGCUGUCAGCUUAAUAUCCAAAGCUCUUCAUGAGGUUGACAAUGCUGAAAGCUUGUUAAAAAUAAAAAACCUCAUCGCCUUGUUUAUGCAGACAAUGAAUACCUGGGAUUUUCCCGUUGGAGUUUUUGACGACUUCCUGUUGGUCCUUUUUGAGAAGUAUGCUGAACUACUCAAGAAAAGGUUCAGCGAUGAUUUCCAGGAGAUUGUUUCUACGGACGACUAUAUGCCAAUGCCAAUUCAGUCUCUCGAGGAGUUUGACAAAGUCCUCAGUGUCAGUUGGUACAAUCCCGAGAAACCGCGAGAAGAGCAAAUCUUCCCGUGCGUUCUGCCAUUCUCGCAGAUGUAUCCCCUAUGCUGUAUCGACAUCCGGAACUUCUUAAAUCAAUUCUAUUUCUUCGCCAACGAUGACUUCCCGCAUCCGAAUGUCAUAGAUGAGUCAUUGAAAAAUACAUUAGAUGAACUUCUUUCCUUCAAAGUUUGUGACACUCUUGUCGAACGCCUUGCUUCCCAGUAUCUGGGACAAAUUGUUCAGAUCCUUAUAAAUUUGGAGCAUUUCGAGUUGGCUUGUCAAGAGCUCGAGAUACUCCUUGCUGCGGCGAGAUCCCAGAAUUUUGCAGGCGGGCCAAUCACUCUGAGGGCCACUGGAAAAUUUAGAAGUAACAAGAAGGCAGCAGAGAAACGCAUAUUUGAAGUUGUCAACUCAAAAAUUGACGAUCUUAUCGAAACGGCUGAAUAUGACUGGCUGGCUCCAACUCCGCCCACAGAACCUAGCAACUAUAUGCAGACUUUAACUCGAUUUCUUUCCAAUAUAAUGAAUUCAACAUUGCUCGGUCUGCCAACAGAGAUCAAAGAACUUAUAUACUUUGAUGCUUUAAGUCAUGCAGCAAAUAUGAUCCUUGCACAACCACUUUCUCCAGAAGUGAAGAGGAUAAAUUCCAAUGGGGUUGCUGCCCUCGCAAAGGAUGUUGAGUAUCUUUCCAGAUUUGUGGACAGUCUUGGCGUACCAAUUCUUCGAGAGAACCUUGAUGAGCUGCAGCAAACCGUGCAGUUGAUGCAAGCAGAUAACGCGGAUGAGUUCUAUGACAUUUCUACAAGAAACAAGAAGUAUGGUCGUGUAGACGCUAUUAACGGCCCGAUCCUCCUAGAGAAGGUUACGCACUCCCUCCAAAGCCCUGUGAAAUUGGACAAAUUUACGACGCUCUCUUCGAGAUUCGGGAAGAAGUAA